CUCCCUCAUCUCUCGCUUCCUUCCUCCCUCUAUCCCUGCCUCCGUCUCGUCAGGGACAAUUCUGUCAAUGACGCUUAUUCCCCCGCAGCUAACCGAAAGGUCCAAAAACGUGACGGAUAAACAGGAUGAAUUCACGAUUGAGGUCCAUUCUAAAUGCGGCCGCGUCCUCGAAACGGGGAUUUUACGGAGAAUUGUGACCUUGUUACAUCUUUCAAGUGGAGGGACCUUUCAUCUUCGGUUCUCCGUGCGCGGGGAGAAAAUCCAUUUCCAGAAAAUCUGUCGAAAAGUCUAAAAUUAAAUGUAUCACGGUAUUUGUACUUUUACGUUACAGUAUUACGUUACACCGCGAUUUAAAGCGAGAGGAAGUAGGGAAAAACGAGACGCCAGUCGAAUUGAUCCCACGAAGGCUCUUUCUCUCGCGAGAUAACAGCGUUUCGCUAUUUGCUUCUCGUUUAAAUGGAUAAAUUAAUGACAGAUAAUCGACGGAAACUUGAGAAACUCGUGCGAUAAUAAGAUCAAUCCGAGAUCGUCACGUCUCGGGUAAUCGAAAGAGAGAGAGAUUAAAGGAUCUCCCCCUUCCAUUACUCUUUCCUAUAUUACAGAUAGGAAGAAUGAGAUGUUGUUUGCGCAGGCAUAAAGAGAGUGACGGAUAGCUCGGUUAACUGGUCGUGAUUAGUAUCAAUCACAGCGUUAGCAGAGUCAAGCUCGAGCUUGAGCUUCGAGGGCCGCUCGAAUCGAUAUCGGUUGUAAGUUAAGUGUGCAGGAUCGAUUCCACCAACGUCAAUUGACUCGUCACGUCGCGGUUUCGAGUCUCACUUUCUUUCCGGGGGGUGAGUCGCUGAGGCGGCGAGGGGAAGGGGGGAGGGGGAGGAAAGGUCGUGGUUCCGGGUAUAAUACUAUAAUGCAGAGAGCAAACCGUAACCGUCAGUAAUCUAGCGGUGUGGUAGCGUGACAGGCAGCGACGGAAUAAUGAUUUAAUAAUGCCCCGAGCACAAUCCUUCACUUAUUCCGUUUAUCCCACGCCGUACUCUUUUUUUUUCCGUUUCUUUUCUCCUCUCUUUCGUCGAUUGAUAAGUUUGACAGUGUCAGACGAUCACCGCCCCGGUGAUCGUCUGAAUUUCAUCGCCGAUUAACGCCGAUUAAUUUCGUCGUUGGUUCAACCGAUUGCCCACCCCCUCCUCCCCCUUUUUUCCGAAACGGUAUCGAUUACGUCGAUGAUGUAAUGCGAGCCAUUAUCUGAGAUUAGCCUUAACUUGGAACGAUAUCGGUGGAAUCGGCCUCCAAACAAGCCGCGUCCUUAAUGCAAAAUGUAUUACGUCCGAACAAACGCCGAGUUGUUCCACUGAAAAAUUCACGCGGUGCAUCGAGCGUUUCUGUUCGCACGCAAUUUUGAGUCGGCGUCGAAUUCGAUGAGACGACGUUCUUCCCUCUCCUUUUCCUUUCUCUCUGUGAUACCGAAAACCAUUCUUCCGCGAAAACCGAGACCGUUCUUCUCUCUCUACCCUUUUUUUUUUUUCAGAUUAAUUCGAUUUUCGAUUCUUUCCCAUCUGAUCGAAGAAAUAAAUCCUUUAAGUCUUGCGUAGAAGAGACUCGCGAUCGCGGAAGAUAAGAUGCUCUUUGAGGACAUUAUUGAAUUUCUCUCGCUGUCGAACAGACGAAAAGAAAGUCUUCCUGAUCCCCGCCCGGGGAGUCGUACGGAGUUCUUUUUAUAAAAUUGCACGUAUUAUCGCACGCGUACACAAAACCACCCUCAUCCAUCUAUCAUUUAUUAUGUCUCGGCACUUUGGCGAACAAUUCCGCUUCGGGGUAGCGAAGGUAGAUGUUCGAACUAGUAUUUCUUCUCUUUCAAAACGUCCUUCUCACCCGUUCGUAUUUCUUCCCAGGUGUCCUUCCCAUUGUCGUCGCCACCCGAACUUCCUGGCGAGUUAUCUCAAACUGGAAGAGUAGAAAACCCCUUCCGGACUCGCGUUCUCCGGACUUUCGCGCGGCCUCCCUCCAUUACGCCGUUCGUUAAACGCGUUUCCCGCAACUCCGCUCCGAUCGCAGCCGCGACGAUCGAUCGAGAUCCCCUCGGAGAUUCUUUCACACGUGGUGGUUUUCUUCCGCGCGCGCUCUCUCCAUCCCUUCUCCAGCCCUUCUCCAUCCCCCUGCGCGACAAAGGCAAGACUUUAUCGUCAUCAUCGUCGCGUAGGGCGGGGGGAAGGGGGGAGGAGAGACCGGCGGGGUGCUGCCUUCGGCCUUGUAUCGAAGAUGCGCAUCCAGUGGUGGAUAGAUCCGAUAGAAGAAAACGAGCGCGCGAAGCGGGACGUUCUCUUCUCCUCCGGCGCGGCGUCUCUCUCUCUCUCUCUCUUUCUCUCUCUAUCGAAGUUCCAAGUCUCGUCGGAACGUCAGCGUCGCUUCGUCGUCGGGUCUCGUUUAUAACUCUUUUUCGAGACCUGCGCGUAAUUUGGGAAACCCUCUCGCUCGUUCUCUCGCGCGCUCGCUCAGUCGCGCCAACGCGGUUCGUCCGGUCCGGUCCGGUCCGGUCAGGCGCUGAUCUCGCGGGGCGGGAUUCUCGGAUGCGCCGCGGUGCUUUCGACAGUUCCUCUCGUCCGUUUAGCGCUUGGAUACCGGCACAACGAUCCGCGAUCCCGGCUCCGCGGCUUCCAUCUCAGUGCGGUAUCCCCUUGGUGGAAAUCCGCGGCUCUCCUCUCCCUUCGGAAACCGCUCUGACGACCGUUAGGUAAUCGUGUCGUUUGGCGACGAUAGAAAUCCAAGUGUCGAAGGGAGGAGAGUUGCCGAAGGCACACCGGUUGUGUAAAUACUCGACGAUUCCGCACGCGGAUGUUACGCUGUUCCGGAGUUCAUCACGUGCCACGUUCAAGUUUCUCUUCUUUUCCUCGCACAGCGUUGUGUUAACAAAUUAUUCGUGUCUGUGACCUGUAAGUAGACGCGGGAUUACAUUUACCUCCUAACGUCUUGAUAUACCGUGUGAGUCAAGUGGGCGUGAACGUGCUGCCAAGGAGGAACGUGUCCUCGUACACGUCUCUGCCGCGUGUUCCUCGUUUCCUCCCGGCGGACCAAAUGUCGCUCUCCGUCCUCGAGCCAGUGGAUGACAAAGAGCCACCAGUCGGCCGGUUCGCUUCCAGGAGGAAGAGCGUUUUCGCAGAGACAUAUAAUCCCGAGGAUGACGAGGAGGAUGACGGCUUCAAGAGGGUCCAUCCAAAGAGCGAUGAGCAACGACAAAGGCUCGGUGAAAGCGUCAAGAACAUACUCCUGUUUCGCGCUCUAGACGAGGAACAAAUGGCGGACGUACUGGACGCAAUGUUCGAAAAAAUCGUUCAACCGGGAGAAUUUAUUAUCCGACAGGGCGAUGAUGGUGAUAAUUUUUAUGUGAUCGAGAGAGGAAAAUUCGAAGUGUAUGUUAAAGAUCCCGCCACAGCGAAAGAAAAUCACAUUCACACUUACGAUAAUCGCGGUGCUUUCGGAGAAUUGGCCCUUCUGUACAAUAUGCCCAGAGCAGCCACUGUCAAAGCUAUCACGCCUGGCACACUCUGGGCCAUGGACAGGCAAACCUUCCGACGUAUUCUCCUUAAAUCCGCGUAUAAAAAGCGUAAAAUGUAUGAAACUCUUAUUAAUAAAGUGCCGAUGUUAAAAUCUCUGGAGGCUUACGAGCGGAUGAAUUUAGCGGAUGCUCUUGUACCGAAACAGUAUUCUGACGGCGAACAGAUAAUCAGGCAAGGCGACACCGCAGACGGAAUGUACUUCGUCGAAGAUGGCGUUGUCAGAAUCACCAGACUCGGCGAGCACGGUCGUGAAAUUGAGAUUAAUCGUGUUCCGGCUGGCGGUUAUUUAGGCGAGCUGGCACUUGUGACGCAUAAACCACGCGCUGCUUCGGCCUACGCUGUGGGGGAUGUCAAACUGGCAUUUUUGGACGUUGAAGCUUUCGAACGUUUGCUCGGCCCGUGUAUGGAACUUAUGAAACGUAAUAUCGACGAUUACGAGGAACAACUAGUCAAAAUUUUCGGCAGCAAAACCAACAUCUCUGACAUUCGAUGAACUGUUUCUGGACAGAGUCACAUCAUCAUGCUGCUGUACUAAAGGACGCGACACUUUCGUACGGUAUAUAUAAUAUAUAACGAGCACAAAAGAACUUGUACCACCUACUUCUGAAUCUCAUCCCGCGUGUUUCGGGUAUCAUCUCGGAGUCAACAACUGUUUUCAUAUGACUGUUCACUUAGACGUAUACCGAUUAAGAUUCGUCGAUAAUAGUUACCAAGUUUAUACCUACGACACACAUUGAACAAAGCUAUAGGCUGCUCGAUUAUGUGCGCGUGUACAACGUAUAACAACAUUUUAAUGACUAUUCUCUAAGACUGUUGGAUCGAAAAGAGAGUAUUAGUGCAUUUCAUUACACGCUCGAUCGUUUGCGAAAUGAAUAUUUUAUUUAUUAUUGCCCCAGUGAAAGACCGGAAUAAUAUUUUGAGGUCUACGAUACAAAAGUAUUACUAUAAUAUUUAACUUGUUCUCGGAAUGAUUCAAGUUUAUCUCGAUGUAUUCAAUCUAUAUGCUCAUCAAUUAGUGUGUACUCUCGUACAUUGCUAUUUUUAAACAAUGGCUACAUUUAUAAGACAUAGUAUGAGUAGAAUAUUCGAAAUUGAAUGCUCUUUUAAUGUUACUCUCUGGCGAAAGACAGAUUACAAGAAAAACGACUAUAUUAGUAAUUGAAUAUUGACACGAAUCUCUUGCAAGAUUUCUACGAAAUAUCUAAAUAUAUAUAUGUGCAUAUCACUUUUUCAGAGAUACUGAAAGUAGUAACAUUGCCAUUUUUUAUGAAAAA